CGAUCUAGUUAACCAUUGUUGAAUUAUAACCCUCAGUUUCUGAAAACGAUUUCUUUUUUGCUAAAAUAGUAAAAAUACUUAUCCAACGUCAUGUCCGAUUUGGCUAGAGAUUUAUUAACCCAAUAUUACGGACUCGGUACAGAAUCGAAUAGCAAAAGGUGUUUGUCGAUUAAUCGUUGUAUCCAAAACAUAAAGAACGAAGAGGAGAAAGAAGUUACUGAACAAACCUCCUUAACCAUCAAGGAAGACAAUGUGUCUGAUGUAGAGUCUCAGAAAGACGAAGAUGAAAACCGGAAACUAAGUAUUGCGAACGAAUUGUACGCACGAUCUUCGCGAGUUCUAAACAGCAUUGAAGAUGCAUACAAUGAUGAUGAAACUUUCGAUUUGAAAGAUAUCGAUUUUGGGCCGAAUAUUAUGUGCAAUAUUUUCGAAAAUAUGCUACAUGAGCAAUCAGCAAACGAUAGUCCUUCGGAUUGUAUUGAGCAGAAUAUCGAAGAUCUAGGAAUAAUAACAAACAAAGUAAAGGAUACAAAGAAAAAAGAUUUAAGUUUAGCAUUCAUCGAUGAUACUUACCCGGAUAAUAGUUCAGAAGUUUCUUCCGCAACAAUGAGAGAAUCACGAAAAUCUUCAAGGAGUACUAUAUGUUUACCACCAUUAGCGCUAAAAAAGGAACCCGUAUACGAUGAAAUAUUCGUAGAUUUUUCCAAUAUGGACUUGAAACAAUUUCCCACGGAAAUAUUGAACAACUUUUCGCAUUUAAGGAUGUUGUAUUUGUCGAACAACGGUUUGAUCGAAAUUCCUGACGAAGUUUUCAGUUGUUUAAUGUACUUGGAGUGGUUAGAUGUCAGAAAUAAUCAACUCUCUUCUUUCCCAGCUAGUAUCAAAGGACACAGGUGCUUAGAAACGAUUCUACUUCAAGGAAACAGAGUGGAAAAUCUACCGUUAGAACUUUGCACCUUGCCCAAUUUGAAGACCCUUCAAGUGACUCAGAACCCGCUUGUCACACCGCCGAAAGAUAUCGUGGCUUCUGGUUGCGUGGCUAUUUUGAAAUUUUUACGAAUGGAAUGGAAUAAUGCGCAUCCUGGAGAACGGGUAGAAGCCAAGGAAAACAAAAUCGGACCAACGUUGUCGACGAUUCUAUGUUAUCAAUCUCCACGAAAAAAUAAGAAGAAAAUUAUACCAUUGAAGAACACUAUUUCUAACAGGAACGUAUGUACAAGAGAAAAACGUAAAUCGUAUAAGCCCAGUAACAGAUGUGAAAAUAAAGGUGCAAACAUUGCAAUGGAACAUCGUUUGCUAUGGUUCUCCAAGCUAAGAGAAUUGUUUGCCAGACAAACAGCGCUACUUCAAAAGAUAAAGGAUGAAAAUGUUUUAAAGGAAUGGAGACGGGAUAAAAGAAGUUAUAGCAAAGCUAUGGAAAAGGCAAUGAAAAGAAACGCAGAUGAUAUUCCAUUUGGUUUCGAUGUCGAAGACUAUGAUUCCAUAUUCAAACAAAGUUCCAAACUGAAAAAUUUGGGAUCAAGAAAAAAGGACAAGCAAAAAUUUAUACCACCGGCAGACAUUAAUAAAAAGAUCAACGAGCUGUUAGAAUCUUUAAGUAAACUUGAAGUAAAUGCUACGGAUGAAAUAACUCCUAGAACCAAACAGAACUUGUUUAAAAAUGAUAUAAAAAAGGUAUUUGAUACGCUAUUUUUUUAUACUGAAAAUUUGUAUGUUCGUCACAGAGAAAAAAACGUUUGUUUUUUAAAUGGUACUGAUUCUCAUGCAUUUUCUUUGGAAUUUCAGAUAUUACAAUAUCAAAGCGAAAUUCAGGAUUUGCGAAAAUACAAUGACGUCACAACGAUACCAUUGAAAAAUUAAACAAACUAUAAGGAUUACGAUAAAAUUAUUGAUCACUUUUCGAUACGAUCAAUGUCCAUUUCAACUACGCCAGGAAUAUCAGUCUUGACAUGUUUAUUUAAAUAAAUCAGUAAUAAUCACAUAUUGUUUCAAUAGUGUUAAUUACAUGUACGUUACUUAACAAGUACAAGACGGGACAACUGGAAAUAUUAUUGUAUGCACAUCAUUCUUUCUUUCUAUGUUUAAACAGUAUUGACAAAACAAAACACGCAUUAAAAAGAUAUUUGCUAUAAAAAAGCUAUACUUACAAACAGUUAUUCAUAUCAAAUAGAAAGUAAGCUCAUAUUGAACAGAGUAAACAUGUAUAUCAACUUACUUUAGUAGGAUAAGAAAAAAUAUACGUGAUCAAUAAAGCAAUAUUAUGUAAAAAGAGAAGAAAAAAGAAAAAAAAGGAUGGUAAAAUAUGCAGAACAUUUCUGCUUUCCAGCCUUCCCGUGAAUACAAUUCUUUUUUAAUCGUUUUUAUGUUCAAUCGUCACGAAAACACGUGGCGAGUAUAUAUAAAAAUUCUACAAAGUGAUAAUUCGAAUUAAAAUAGAUUUCAUAGUUACGUGAACGAUUUUCGUAACGAUCGAACUUUUUCUCUUGUUUUAUACAUGGCACCGCAUCUCAAAUCCUAGUAUGAUACUUAUACUUCGCUAAGGGUCGGAAAAUCACAUCUUAGUCCGUGAUACAACUGUUUUGUAAUAGUACUAUGAUCAAUAGUAAUUAUAAGGCAAAUAUCUAAGAUU